UCUUGGAUAAAUGGGCAGAAAGUUACUUCCUCCAGAGAUUAAGAGUUUCUCCUGUAACGAGGUCCGUGUAGCAUGUAAUGCUUUACCCAAUAAUGGAAAGUCAAUUGGUGCAUGUUUGCCCCCCAAUGUUGACUCAGGGUUUUAUUUGAGCCCUUCCUAAGUAUUUGACCUGGGAAGACCUGCCAAAGGAACACACUCUGUGUGUAUGUGUGGAGCAACAAUCACAAAACGGCUCGGGGUGGAGAGGGAGAAUUUCCCUGCCACUUCCCUGUUGCGCAACUCUUUGCUUUUUGUCCAGUGUCAUCUCUGACGUAGGGCUGGGAAGGAAGGGUGGUUCCAAAGGGCAUUUAUAUGGGACACAUUCCAGGGCCAACUGUACAUCCACCACAGAGAGACCAACAAUUGCCAUCCAGAAGUGAGAGCAUUUGUUGCGUUCCACACAGCAGCAUGGAUGGCUUUCUCCAGCAAUGGCCCCAGUGGAAGAUUCACAAAGUCUCCAUCAGCGCAAUCGUGUUCGUCUCGGCAGCCUUGAGUUCGGCCACAGAGGUGGUUUCCCGAUGCUCCAUGACCAAAAUCAAUAGCCACAUAGUGGCCAACUGCCAGGCCCAAGGCCUCAAGGCCAUCCCCAAGGUGGACGUGUCCACUCAGGUCCUGCUGUUGAAUUUUAACCUCUUCUCCCUCCUGCAGGAGUCUUCCUUCCCACAGAUGAGUGCCCUGAAGAUGCUGUCGUUGGGGAAACAGUUGGGCCAGCCUCUCCAGGUUGGGGAGAGGGCCUUUGCAAACGUGCCCAACAUCACCUUCCUAGACUUGGGAGGCAACGCAAAGUUGUCACUGCAUCCCAAAGCAUUCCAGGGUUUGACCAAACUCAAGGUCUUACUCUUAGACACUAGCGGUUUUGACAACAGAAUCCUGGAGCAGGGCUAUUUCCAAGACCUUUUGUCGCUGGAAACCUUGGACCUUCAAGGAAACCAACUUCAUCGGUUGAAUCCAGAUCCCACCUUCCAAAGACUGAAAAAAUUAAGCGUCCUCCAGCUGAAACUCAACAAAAUCGAGGCCAUUUGUGGGAAUGACCUCCAAUACCUCAGAGGGCGCCAUUUGACCAUCCUUGACCUCUCCUCCAAUCGCCUGUCAAGCAAUGGUUCUUCUUGCCCCAAACCGUUUCGCAAAAUCACUCUGGGCACCUUGGACCUCUCUUCCAACCCGUGGGAUGUGGUGCGACUCAAAACGUUCCUCAAAAACCUGAGCGGCACAAUGAUCCAGAACCUCAAGGUGCAACAUUCAGGAGCCAUUGGCAGCGGCUUUGGGUUCCAGAACUUGAAGGACAUUUCAGCCACCACAUUCUCAGGGCUGCGUCACAGCCACAUCCGGACUUUCGACAUGUCUCAUUGUUUUCUCAGCACACUGAACACCUCCGUCUUCUCAAACUUGCCAGAUCUCACCACCUUGUUCUUGAGAUCCAACCAGAUUAAUAAGAUUCAACCGGGGGCAUUUUCAGGGUUAAAGAAGCUCCAAGUUCUUGAUCUGUCCAACAAUCUCCUUGGAGAACUGUACACAGGAGGACUGGAGGAUUUGAAGUCCUCUCCUUUACAACGUCUGAUUCUGAAGUCCAACCACAUUGGAAUUGUUCAGCAUAACGCCCUGGUGGGUCUAAAUUCUUUGCAGUUCCUUGACCUGCAAGACAACGCUCUCGACCAAGUUCCCAGGGGGAAUCUCCCUUCCUUGCUGCAUCUUAAUUUGGGACAAAACAGGAUCCGGGACACCUGGGGCAUAGAAAAACUUGGCCCAAACCUGAUCCGUCUUAAUCUCUCCUCCAACCGCCUAAAGGACCCGGCCAACGUCUGGAAUCAUCUCGCCAAGAUCCCCUCCUUAACGUUUCUGAAUCUCUCCAGCAACCACCUGGCAAGUUGUUCGCGCGUUGAGAAGUCUCCGAGGCAACUCACGCAACUGGACCUUUCCCACAACAAUCUGGGAAGCAUUUGGGCCACCCAGAAAUGCAUGGACCUCUUCCAGCAUUUAGAGAAACUCCAGGUGUUAAAUCUCAGCUCUAAUCACCUUCAAGACUUGCCUGGGAAACUUUUCCAGAGUUUGGCGUCUUUAGAAAUCCUGGACCUUGGGGCCAACAGGUUGCAUAAACUUCCAGAACAGAUUUUCCAUCAUUUGAAAUCCCUGCGUAGUCUCAGUCUCCAUGGAAAUCCACUGGUGACCCUCUCGCCUUCCUUGUUUCAAGCAAUGGGGAAGCUGCAAUUCUUGGAUUUGGGGGAAUUGUCCUUAAUUUGCACCUGUGACCUCAACCAUUUCCAGGACUGGCUGCAGAACCAAAACACAAUUGUGAAGGCAUCUGAAGUUCUCCUGACUUGCAUGCACACCAGCUCUAAUUUCCAGAGGCAGUCUCUGAGUCAGUUCCUACAGAACAACUGUUAGACCAGAGGUCUGCAACCUUUUGGACCUCAGGGACCAACACAUUCAUAAUUUUAAAUCCCACGGACCACCAAUAUGAUUGUUUUUUUAAAAAAAGAUAAAUACAUUUGUAAAAUAAUGAUCAGAGCUUCCACUUUAUAUGAAAUGCAUCUAUUUAAUAAAAUUAUA